ACCGGUUGAUGCUCCGCUCGCGACUCAUUCAAUGUCUGUUAUCAAAGAACAAUAAAACGCACGUCUCAACCGGACACGUUACACACGUUUGCGCUCUUGAAUUCUCGUUAGUCCUCUCUUCAUACUCCUCCUACAACAGACACCGGGCUGAUCACCGCUGACCGGCGCACAUCUGCAUCACCGGCGAAUUCCUCCAGCUGGAGCCGGUGAAGAGAGCGAAGCCGCGUUUAUUCGUUCCCCGUCAGUCCGCUUCAGGCCACCGGCGACAGCAUGAGCCAGAGGUUCACGGUGACCGCCGGUGACAUCCAGGGCGAAGUGAACCAGCUGUUCGAGGGCGAUGAGGAGACGCCGGGCGCGUCCGACGCCACGGGAACGGAGGGAGCCGGGAAAGUGGUCAACACCACCUGUCCACCCAAGAAAGGAGAUGGCAACCCCAAGGAGAGCAGUCCAUUCAUCAACAGCACCGACCCAGAGAAGAACCAGCAAUAUGACGGCAAGAACAUGGCUCUGUUUGAGGAGGAGAUGGACACAAUUCCCAUGGUAUCGUCCCUUCUCAGCAGUCUCGCCAACUACUCAAACCUUACCCAGGGGAGCAAAGAACACGAGGAGGCGGAAAACAACGAAGGCUCGCGCAAGAAACCUGUCCAGGCUCCACGGAUGGGAACGCUGAUGGGCGUCUACCUGCCCUGCCUGCAGAACAUCCUGGGCGUGAUUCUGUUUCUCAGGAUGACCUGGAUGGUGGGCAUUGGCGGCGUUAUCGAGGCCUUCGUUAUCGUGCUCAUGUGCUGCUCCACGACAAUGCUCACUGCCAUCUCCAUGAGUGCCAUUGCCACGAACGGCGUAGUGCCAGCUGGAGGAUCCUAUUACAUGAUCUCUCGUUCUCUGGGCCCUGAGUUCGGUGGAGCUGUAGGCAUCUGCUUUUACUUGGGCACCACCUUCGCUGGAGCCAUGUACAUCCUGGGCUGCAUCGAGAUCCUGCUGGUGUACAUCGUACCGCAAGCGGCCAUUUUUAAGAUGGAGGGUCUGGAGGGAGCCGAGGCCGAGGCCGCCAUGCUGAACAACAUGCGUGUAUACGGCACGCUGGUGCUCAGCUUCAUGGCCAUUGUGGUGUUUGUAGGAGUGAAGUACGUGAACAAGCUGGCUCUCGUCUUCCUCGCCUGCGUCAUCUGCUCGAUCCUCGCCGUCUACGCUGGAGUGAUCAAAACCGCCUUCGAGCCUCCGGUCUUCCCAGUGUGCGUGCUGGGAAACCGGACUCUGGUUUGGAAAGGCUUUGAUGUGUGUGCCAAGAUCAUCGAGAGAGAAAACGCUACGGUCACCACCAAACUCUGGCGGCUCUUCUGCGACUCCGAGUUUCUGAACGCCACCUGCGACAGCUAUUUCGCCAACAACAACGUCACGGAAAUACAGGGAAUCCCUGGAAUUAUGAGUGGCACCCUGCGUGAGAAUCUCUUUGGGAAUUAUAUGGAUAAGGGUGCAUUCAUCGAGAAGUCUGGAUUAAACUCUGUGGUCGAACCCGAUUCCAUCCCAACCAACACCAACCGCUAUGUGCUUGCUGACAUCACCACCUUCUUCACCAUGCUGGUGGGCAUCUACUUCCCCUCCGUGACAGGUAUCAUGGCCGGAUCAAACCGAUCCGGUGAUUUGCGGGACGCCCAGAAGUCCAUUCCCAUCGGCACCAUCCUGGCCAUCACCACCACCUCCAUCAUCUACAUGUCCAGUGUGAUUCUCUUUGGUUCCUGCAUUGAGGGAGCGGUGCUGAGGGAUAAGUUUGGUGAGGCGGUCAGGGGUAAUCUGGUGAUCGGGACACUGGCGUGGCCGUCGCCCUGGGUCAUCGUCUUCGGUUCCUUCUUCUCCACCUGCGGUGCGGGGCUUCAGAGCUUAACGGGCGCUCCGCGUCUCCUACAGGCCAUCGCACGAGACGGCAUCGUGCCGUUCCUCAGGGUGUUUGGUCAUGGAAAAGCAAACGGGGAACCCACCUGGGCAUUGCUCCUGACUGCAUGUAUCUGUGAGAGUGGAAUUCUCAUCGCUUCUCUGGAUAACGUUGCUCCGAUUCUCUCCAUGUUUUUCCUCAUGUGCUACAUGUUUGUCAAUCUGGCCUGUGCUGUUCAAACUCUGCUCAGAACGCCCAACUGGAGACCGCGAUUCAAGUUCUACCACUGGACUCUAUCCUUCCUUGGCAUGAGCCUUUGUCUCUCGCUCAUGUUCAUCUGUUCUUGGUAUUACGCCAUCGUUGCCAUGGGAAUCGCCAGCUGUAUCUACAAGUAUAUCGAGUUCCGAGGGGCUGAAAAGGAAUGGGGUGAUGGAAUAAGAGGUCUGUCUCUCAGUGCGGCCCGCUUCGCCCUUAUGAGGUUGGAAGAGGGACCACCGCACACCAAGAACUGGAGACCUCAGAUAUUAGUCCUGAUCAGCAUGGAUUCUGAGCUGAAUGUGGAGCAGCCACGUUUGCUGUCUUUGACCAGUCAGCUGAAGGCUGGAAAGGGUCUGACCAUUGUGGGCACAGCGCUGGAGGGAACCUACCUGGAAAACCAUCCUCAAGGACAGCAGGCCGAACAGUCUCUGAGGAAGCUCAUGGAGGCAGAGAAGGUGAAGGGUUUCUGUCAGGUGGUCAUCUCUUCUAAUAUGAGGGACGCCACAUCGCAUUUGGUCCAGGCUGGAGGGUUGGGUGGUCUUCAACACAACACCGUACUGGCCUCCUGGCCACGCAACUGGAAACAGGCUGAGGAUCAUCAGAGCUGGAGAAACUUCAUUGAGCUGGUAAGAGAAACCACCGCUGCCAGUAAAGCCCUGCUGGUGCCCAAGAACAUCUCGGCCUUCCCGUCAAACGGCGAACGCUUCACAGAGGGUCACAUUGAUGUGUGGUGGAUCGUACAUGAUGGAGGCAUGCUGAUGCUGCUACCCUUCCUCCUCCGCCAGCACAAGGUUUGGAGGAAGUGCAAGAUGCGCAUCUUCACUGUGGCCCAGAUGGACGAUAACAGCAUCCAGAUGAAGAAGGAUCUGACAACUUUCCUGUAUCACCUGCGCAUAGACGCCGCGGUGGAGGUGGUGGAGAUGCAUGACAGUGAUAUCUCAGCGUACACGUAUGAGAAAACCCUGAUGAUGGAGCAGCGAUCUCAGAUCCUAAAGCAGAUCAACCUCACCAAGACUGAGCGUGAACGUGAGAUCCAGAGCAUCACUGAUAGCUCUCGCGGGUCGAUCCGCCGUAAGAACCCGGCCGCCGUCACGACCCAGCUGAGUGUGACCGAAGAACCGGCGGCCAGCAGCAAAGAGGAGAAACCAGAAGAAGAGUCUGUCCCUGUGUCCCCAUCCCAACAGAAACAGCUCAUUGAUGACAAGAGUACCAACCCCCCGACCCCGGCCACACCGCAGUCCCCCAGCGCGGACGCCGAGACCCCCGGCACGGUCGUUCAGAUGACAUGGACUGAAGCGAAGUGUGAUGGAGAGCAGGCCAAACCUAUAGGAGUCACGACACCAGAGGCCAUCAAAGACCUCUUCAACAUGAAACCAGAGUGGGAAAAUCUAAACCAGUCCAACGUGAGGCGCAUGCACACUGCACUCAGACUCAAUGAAGUCAUUGUUAAGAAAUCCCAGGAGGCCAAACUAGUCCUGCUUAACAUGCCCGGACCGCCCAAAAACAGAACCGGCGACGAGAACUACAUGGAAUUCAUGGAGGUUUUAACCGAAGGUCUCAACCGGGUCCUCCUCGUGCGUGGUGGAGGUCGCGAGGUCAUCACCAUCUACUCUUAAGAAACUAGUCGACAUCGUUCCAUCCCAUUUGCCCUCUUUCCCCAGUGUGGCCCAAGCAAUAUCCCAGAAUUCCCUUCAAUCAUCCAGCUUCAUUCGUCCCGUUCUACUGGUUUGCCAAGCUCUCACUGGCCAAACAUCGCUCUUGGCGUUACUCUCGUUCAUGAUGGACGUGAUCCACACUUUACUGUUCAAUGAAGUGCACUGUUGAUGUCAGUGGGUAUUUGUUCAAUGCCCCGUCUGCUGUAGCUUUCCUACAUCAUCUGUGAAUCACCGCUCUCACCCAAUCAGGCGAAGUGGGUGGGUUGUUAAAUUGUUUUUAUUUUUUUAUGUUGAGGAAGAGGAUGCAGAAACGAAAGUGCGACGUCAAGAAGGAUUCGACGUUCAAAACUACGCCAGAGAUGCUGUGAAAUAUUCUGCUCUGGUUAAGACUGUCAACCUUGGGAAAAGAUUUUCACAGUCUGAAUGCAAUCCUUUUGUUCUGCAAUGUGAAUUAAUGAGUUUAUACUAUAAUGUGAAGUUUAAAGUCAACGUGAAAUCAAACUUGGGGCUAUUUAUUUCUGAAACUAAUCUGUACAUGUUAUUCCAAAGAAAAAAGUUUUUAAAGUGUUUUUGUCAGUUGUAAACUUCUGAAAAAGCUCUUAUUUUUCAACCCCAAAUCAAAUCUCUCAUGCAUUUUUUUGAUUCUCUUCCUGAAUGCUUGCUUUACGGAAGUAAAAUGGUUUGCGAAGGGCAUUUCACGUUGACUUUAAGCGCUCCUCUGCACAAAGUUCUUUUGUUGUGUGUUUGUUUUGUCUCAUCAACCUCCUCCAUGUUUUUAUUCGUUCCUAGCUAUCCCCCUGCCAAAUACAGUCACAAUAUGUGCCAAAAAACAAGGCUGGCAGGGUGUGCGACUUGCUGUUUGACAGCAAAGCAGCGAGUGAGAGUCUAUCGGUGCAACCGACACUGUAAUUAGCGAAAGAACGAGCUAGAAAAAAAAGAAAAAAGUACUCAGCCACUCUGAACUAGUGUAAAUAGUGUAUAAGGCAUUAUUAAAUAUCAGUGUAGUAUUUUUAUUGUGAAAUAACCGAAGAUUCUGGUGAAGAAACGCUGUUGUCUUACAGGGUCAGGGUGUUUUGGGUGGCUACAGGCUUCACUAUGGCGGCUUGAAGUGUACUACGGUACCGAACCUCCCCUCCCCAACAAGCACUCAACCUGCACUGACAGCCACUGUGUAACAAAUGAUUUAAUGAGUCUGUGGAUUCAUUAAAUGAACUUGUGUGUGUGUGUGUGUUUGCAUGAGUGAAUGAGCAAAUGGAAGUUGCCCAUUUCUUUCUUUUUUUCCCAUUUUGCUAUAAAGAAAAAUCUAUGUUUGUUGCAUUUAUAGACAAAUCUGUAUGAAUUAGCUAUAUCAUAGACAAAAUCUAUAUUAUAUUACACCGGAAAUGUCACAGAGCUAUAUAUAGAGUAUAAUAGUAUCUGAUUGUAUUGCCAAACUUCGAUUUCACUUGUGCCAUAUGAAUGAAAAUGUGAAUUGUCAACAGAAAACAGUACUGAUAACAUUGUCACUUUAAACACAAAUGCUGCAUUCACAUCAGAGUUUCCAACUUUGAAACUCGUAUUUAUAUAAUUGCUCGACUUUAUCAAAAAAACAUCCAAAAAUGGCAGCGGCUUCAGCAGUUUAGUUGCACGCUUUCUUUGAGAUGCGAUUUGUACUGUGCUGUUGCAAGAAGUGAAUUUGUGUGAUUUUAAACCAGCAGAUUGCUGUCAUUAUCAAAAAUGCCGCGCAUGGAUCCAUUUUGGGCGUAGCUAAUCAUUUCUGAGUCCAUAAACAGCUCCGAAUAGACUCGUUUGGUAAUUACGGUAAUUCUGACGCAACGUGUACGCAGCACUAGAUUGAGUUGUUAUACGCAUUAUGGAUUGAAUAGCAUCCAGAAAUCUGAAUUCUAUGCAGCGCGACUGUAAUGCAUUAGCCAAAUCGCAAAAUGAGAUUUGAUGCAAAAUUAACCUGAAAUGAUAGAAGAGUAGAUCAGAAAGUGUAUUUUUGAGAGCAUAAUGUAUGUGCAAUUGGGAAAUCAUAUAUUCAUUGCAUUAUUUAUUUUUGUAGCGAUAUAGGCUAUUUUAUGCAGUCCUUUUUUUUUAGCAGAAAUACCAACAACUGCAUAUAUACAUAUAUAUAUAUAAACACAAAUAUAUAGAUAAAUAUAUAUAUAUAUAAAUAAAUAACUUGAAUCUCACUUGGAUAGAAAGUACAUACAGUAGUUUAUGAAAAUAUUACAGAUUAUUUUAUGUUUAAACAUGGGAAAACCUCUCAUAAGAUAUGAAUGCUGCUGCUAGUGUAUGAAUAGACAUGGAUUGUGCGUGUACAUAAAGCGAAAGAUUAAAUAUUUAAAGGUAUAUUUACGAGGGGAGGGGUUGACGCGGAGAUUGCAUUGAUCGAAAACGACUUCAGCCUUAUCAGCUUUAUCAUUUUAUUUAGUUGAUUUUCCAUUCGUUUAAAGUGACGACAACGUUCACUGAAUCUGAACAAACCGCAAAAUGUGUCGAAACACGACACUUUUUUAAGUACUGCCUGCGUAGACUGAGCCUCUGAUGACGUUUCGACAAUUAGUUCACUCGACGAUGUUUUUAACAAACACUUACGAUAUGCUUCGUUUGCAUGGUGUGUGUUGGAAAAUUUUGAUUUUCGUGACGUGUAAAGAACAGUUCUAAGAAAAAAGUCAAGGCAGCUUUUUCAGAUUGCUGUCGCGACUAAACGGCAAAAUGUUUAGCGAGCAUUCUUACGUGUUAACUUAGAUUAGCGGGAUGCUGUGUGUUGUUGUUUUUGGCUUUGUAUAUAAUAUCGCUCUCGAGACACUGUAGCUGCAGGGUCGUCGUUCCCUGUUUGUGUUUGUUAGGAUGCUUUUAGUACACACCAGAAAAAAUGAACUUUUUUGUUUUCAACGGUAACGUGCAAUAUUGAUUUCCACAGGAAACGGUACGUAUGACGUAUUUUUAGUUGCUAGUUCGCCCACGGUUCUGCUUCUUGUAGAGUUCAUCGGCGCGCUUCGUAUGCUAGAGUGUGCGUCACAUCUGUUCUAUGGUGGCUGAGAUAGAAAUGCACUUUAUACGAGUUAACGUUAUUUACGUCCAUGGUGACAGUGACGAUUGAGUUGCCAGAAUCAUGAGCAUGCCAGAUCCAUUUCAGCGCUGAUGCCUCUAGCGGCGAGAGUGUGUACUGCAUCGGCCGCGUUAUCGCAGAGAGUUUUGUUCGCUGCGGUAACAUACUACCUGAAGAUUGAUUUGAUUAUGCUGUAAAACAAAACAAAAAAAGAUGUGUGUGUUUGCUGUUUAUUUGGCAUGAAUUUCUAGCACUUCUUGUAAUUAAUGACGAAAAGAGUAUACGUAGAUGUAAAAAAAAAAAAGAAAAAGAAGAUAUAUUUCUAAUACGAAUCACUGAGUUGGUGUGGUAACAUUUCCAUUCCUCCUACUUUUCACUCCCUACGUCGUUCCGAACCUACGAGCACUGUUUCGAUGUGAUCACCGUAUAAAAAGACUAUAAACAAGCGCUUCCACUGCUGGGCUUGGCUCUAUUCAAACUGACAGUGGACACAUUCACAAUCUUUUUCCUUGCUUCAACAUCUCACGAUGAAUACCUGGCUUGUGUGUAGCAAAAAAAGAAAUCAAGUGUAUUCCUUCGCCAAGGAAUAUCGAGGCGUUCGACACAUCUCGGAAACAAAAAAGGGCUCUGAAUAACAGUCUGUACUUGGUUUUGAAGUUUGACCUGUGACAUUGGAUGUUCUUCAAAAAAAAUGGAAUCUCGCUUUAUUUUAUUAAUCCUACACUCUUGGAAAUAAAGGCUGUUGCUGCAUUUUGAUGUUUCCUUUAGGUUAUUCAGGUCAGAUCAGAAUAAGAAUCAGAAUGGCAUUAGACUGUCAAACCUUUAUUUUCAAGAGUGUAGUCCCAUGACGUUUACCUCUGAGGUCACCUGAAGGCUUGUAUUUGUUUUUCUUGACAUUCCAGUGAUAAAACUUUGAUUAAAAAAUGCAUGUGAACAUGCAAAGUUCUGUGAAAGUCCAAAUGUUGAAAUCCAAAUCAAAUCCAUCUGAAGCAGUUGAAAUAGAGCCAGGACCUGGGUCCGUUGUCCUGUUCAACGCAUGCACAUUAUCCUGAACAAGCUGAUAUACAUAUAUAUAUAUAUAUAUAUAAAUAUAAAUAUUUAAAUGUUUUGUGAUAUACAGUAUUAUGUUCACGCCGGUUUAUUUCAGUUCUUUUAAUUGUAAAUGUGUUAUUUUUACCAGAUGUUUGGUGUUCUUGUUGUGCACAACGGUUUCUUUUGGAUCAACUAGUAUCUUUGUGUGAAUGGAUAUUGACUGGUUAAAGGGGUCUAUUUUUACUAUAGGUAGUUUAGCCAAGACAAAGACCAUUUUACUUUUAAUGCAGUUAUCAAUGAGUUAAUUUAUUUAAAGACGAACUGAUUACCAAAGUUUUUUAUGUUGACCUGGGUAUGUGUUUAGUCUAUUGCAAACUGUCAUUCUGAAUGAAUUAAAAAGAAACUUGAGGGUGUUUUGUUUAACAGUAAAAUCAUUAUUUACUCCAGUUUGUACUCAUGCCUUAAAUACAAAAAUUGGCAGCUAUAUGUUAACAAAAACAAAGUGCAAUGCUUAUGCUUUUUAAAUAUAUUGUUUAUGCAUAUAUAUAUUUAAUUAUUAUCUCAUUUAAAAAUCUAGUUUUUAAUUCCAGGGCUGAUUUUAAGUACUCAAAAUGAAGCUAAAAGGUCUAAAAAAAUAUUUAAGUGGAUAUUCAUAAAAAUAUAUAGUUUAAUAGUGUUUUGACUUUCUGAAAAUGCAUUUGCCCAAUUUAAUGUUUUAAAAACAUUGAGUUCCCUACUAAUUUGAUUGGACAAGCAGAUUUCAUGGCUUAUUGCGUUUUUGCAGCAUCGCUGCAAGUUCGAUUUUACAGAAGUAAACAAUCCGAGACGACUAUAAGAAAAAUGUACAAAGAAAAUCAUGUUUUGUCUUGGCUUUGCUUCUCUGAAAAGAUAACAAUGUGAGUUAUUGAAUAGCUCGCUCUGGGCAACUGAUUUCACGCUUUGCAAACGAGUGCAAUUAAUUCUAGAUCAGAACAUUAGUUUUACAUGGAAAAUGACUGAAUCCCUCAGGCUUGUUUUUGAUUCAUUUGAAAUGAAAACAUUUUGUAUGAACAUCUGGACGGGAAUGUAGUGGAGAACAAGUAUUUUUCAGAUCUUUCACAAGUAGAUUUUUUUUUGUCCAUUCCGGGUUUUAUGGUCAUAUUGCCAUGUAGUGUGUUCCUGUGUGUUUUUCAGUUGUUUGUAUGUGUGUGGAUGUGUGUUUGUGUGAGUGAGCGUGUGUACAGUGACGUACACACAACAGAUCUGGGACCACAGGCAACGGCGGAUGUGGGUCCUGUAAAUAUAGCAGAACUAGUUAGUGUUGAGGUGUUUAUUUUUUGUGUCAGUGUAAGUUGAAUAUUUUAAAAAGAUAAAUAAUGAGUAUUAUCUAUUGUGUUUCAUGGUACAUAAAGAAAAUAAUGUAGUUUUAUCUUACAUUUCAAAUGCUUUAUCUCUAUGGCUUCUGCAAAACUCCCAUUCCAUUUUAUAGAUUUGUCAGCACAAAAUGCAAUAAACGAAUACCAUUUUAUUA